AUGAUGCUAAAAUCACAACAUCCCAAAAUGGCAUUGAGGCUUUUGACUAGAAGCGGCAUUCAGAGACAGUCUGUGGCUGCAAUGCGCAUCGUCCCCGCACGAAGGUGGAGUAGCUCCAUCUCGCAACCGCCAGGAGCGGACAGUGUCCGAUUUCCAGGUGCAGUGAACAGCAAAUUUACCACCGACAUGUCCUUCCUUAAAGCAUCGGAUCUACCCGCCAUCCCUACCUACCGAGUGAUGGACUCCGAUGGUGAAUUGGUUGAUAAGACGAGACCACCACCCAAUGUUACAGACGAGGAGGUAUUAACAUGGUAUAAGAAUAUGUUGUCGGUAAGUGUUAUGGAUGUGGUUAUGUUCGAGGCACAACGGCAAGGCCGCCUGAGUUUCUAUAUGGUUUCCGCUGGCGAAGAAGGCAUUACUGUUGGAUCGGCCGCAGCAUUGACACCGGACGAUGUGGUUUUCGCCCAAUACCGUGAAGCAGGCGUAUUCCAACAACGAGGCUUCACACUCAAAAAUUUUAUGAGCCAGCUCUUUUCCAAUGCCAAUGACACGGGCCGGGGUCGGAAUAUGCCAGUUCACUACGGACAAAAUUAUCCUCGCAUGCACACCAUCUCGUCCCCAUUAGCGACGCAAAUACCACAAGCGGCCGGAGCAGCUUAUGCACUAAAAAUGCAGGAUUUGCAAAACCCAAACCAGGAUCGACGCAUCGUGGCCUGCUACUUCGGCGAAGGAGCCGCAAGCGAGGGAGACUUCCACGCUGCACUCAACAUGGCCGCAACUCGCUCCUGCCCAGUAGUCUUUAUAUGCCGAAACAAUGGCUAUGCAAUCUCAACACCAACUCUUGAGCAGUACCGCGGUGACGGAAUCGCCAGUCGCGGUGUAGGCUAUGGUAUCGACACGAUCCGUGUCGACGGCAACGAUGUGUUCGCUGUCAAUGAAGCAAUGAGAGAAGCUCGUCGUCUUGCCCUCAGCGAUGGGGGACGACCCGUUCUAAUCGAAGCCAUGAGUUACCGUGUCUCGCACCACAGUACCAGUGACGACAGUUUUGCAUACCGUGCGCGCGUCGAGGUCGAGGAUUGGAAGCGCAGAGACAAUCCAAUUAUCCGGCUGCGCAAGUGGCUUGAGAAACAGGGGCUUUGGAGUGAGGAUCAGGAGAAAGAGACGAGAGAUGAGAUGAGAAAGGCUGUGUUGAAGGAGUUUGGUGAAGCAGAGCAGGAGAAAAAGCCUCCUCUCAGAGAGGCUUUCAGGGAUGUAUAUGAGGAGAUUACUGAGGAACAGCGUGAGCAGAUGGGUGAGCUUAAGCGCAUUCUGGAAACUUACCCUGACGAGUAUGAUCUGCGGCAUUACAAAGACGGAGCCAAGGGCUUAGAUGAAGAGUCCUCGUCGUGA